GUCUGGGGGAUGGGAGGAGGGCGUGUCCACAGGUGAACAGGUGUUUAAAUAAGAGUCAGCCUGUCGCUCCCAUGCAGUAGAUUCUGAUCCGCCUCCACACACACCUGCACAGCUGUGAAGAUGACAAAAGUGGUUUACGCCAUCCUUUUGGUCCUUGGGGCCAUGACGUUUACUUCGGGAAAAAUUGGAACAUACAUCCCAAAGGGUGGCAGGCGGCCCGUCCAGACUCUGUCCAGAGGUUGGGGAGAUCAGCUGCAAUGGGCUCAGACGUAUGAACAAGCUCUGCACCUUUGCCAGACGAGCAAAAAGCCUCUGAUGGUCCUCUUUCAUCUGGAGGACUGUAAACACAGUGCGGCAUUGAAGAAGGCUUUUGCAGCAGACGUAGAGCUCCAGAAGAUGCUGGAUGAGGACUUCAUCAUCCUCAACCUGACGUUUGAAACUACUGAUAAAAACAUGAGCCCUGAUGGAACUUAUGUUCCCAGAAUUCUCUUUGUUGAUCCUUCGUUGACGGUGAGGUCUGACAUCAUCAGCCGCUACGGGAAUCGCUUGUACGCCUACGAACCUGCUGACCUCAGUCUCUUGAAAGAAAACUUAAAGAAGGCCAAGAAGCUGCUGAAAACGGAGCUGUGAGGGGCGGAGCCUCGAACGUUUUCCCCGUUUCCAUCUGAACACUUACGCACUGCAAAGAGUUGACAACGUCAUCCUCACUUUGUUACCAUUGUCUUUUGAAUAAACAUGAAUCUGUUCAUACUCU